UAAAAUAUAACGAAUGCGUUUCAAGUGACAUUUCCAGGAUAAAAGUCUCCCCGGAAGUGACGCUGCUGGAAACCAAAGUGACGACAGGAGAUGUUUGUUGUCAUAUCUGUUUUUGUUGUGAAGAGCGAAGGCGAGGAUCAUCUUUGCUCUGAUGGACCUGUGGUGAACAUUAUAGAGAGGUAGAAUGUAAAACACGAUGGCUGGUUUUGAAACGUAUCAGGAGUAUCAACGAAUAGAAGAUUACGAUGAAGACUCGCCUCCAGGAGAGGAAGAUUUACUCAUCCACGUGCCAGAGGGCAGAGGAGACCCAUGGCAUCAUAUCAAGAACCUCGACAAUUUCUUCACAAGAAUCUAUCAUUUCCAUCAGAAGAAUGGAUUCGCCUGUAUGGUGUUAUCAGAGUUUUUUGAACUUGUGCAAUUCCUGUUCGUGGUCACGUUUACAACUUUUCUCUUCAACUGUGUGGAAUACGAUGUUCUCUUUGCCAAUCGAGUGGUCAACCACACGGGUCAGAGCCUCGGUCCGCUGGACAGGAACAAGGUCACCCUUCCUGAUGCAAUUUUACCCGCCGAGCAAUGCACCGAGAGGAUUCAAGGAAACAGCUGGAUCAUCUUUCUCUUGAUAAUGGCGGCCAUUUUUUGGCUCUAUCGGCUUGUGAAGGUGAUCUUCAACAUCCUCAGUUACUGGGAGAUCCGACAGUUUUAUAAAAAAGCACUGAAAAUACAGAUGGAUGAGCUGUGCAACUUCACGUGGCAAGAAGUUCAAGGUCGUUUGAUUCACCUGCAGCGCGAGCAGCCCAUGUGCGUCCAGAAGCGGGAACUUUCCGAACUAGACAUCUACCACCGCAUCCUGCGCUUUAAAAACUACACUGUGGCCAUGAUCAACAAGUCCCUUCUGCCCGUCAGACUGCGCGUGCCCUUCUUCGGCGAAAUGAUUUUCCUCACGCAGGGCCUAAAAUACAACUUUAAGCUCAUUCUGUUCUGGGGCCCUCUGUCGCUCUUCCAGAACAAGUGGAGUCUGCAUCCCAAAUACAAACGGGCCGCAAACCGGCAGGAGCUCGCCAAGCAGCUGAGCCGCGUGAUCCUGCUGACGGGUCUGGUCAAUCUGCUGCUGUGUCCUUUCGUGCUGGUGUGGCAGGUGCUCUAUGCGUUUUUUAGCUACGCUGAAGUCAUCAAGCGCGAGCCGGGAAGUCUGGGGGCCCGGCGCUGGUCGCUGUACGGCCGUCUCUACCUGCGCCAUUUCAACGAGCUGGAUCACGAGCUGCAGGGCAGGCUGGGUCGUGGGUACAAACCCGCCGCCAAAUACAUGAAUGCUUUCGUUUCUCCUCUGCUGGCGGUGAUGGCUAAAAACGUGGCUUUUUUCUCCGGCUCGGUGCUCGCCGUGCUCAUCGCUCUGACGGUGUAUGAUGAAGACGUGCUGACCGUGCAGCACAUCCUGACCCUCAUCACCGUACUUGGCUUGGUCAUCACCAUCACCAGGUCGUUUAUUCCAGAUGAACAUAUGGUGUGGUGUCCUGAACAGCUGCUUCAGUGUGUCCUGGCCCACAUCCACUACAUGCCUGACCACUGGAAGGGCAACGCCAACAAGAGCGAGACCCGCGACGAGAUGGCACAGCUUUUUCAGUAUAAAGCGGUCUUUAUAUUAGAGGAGCUCCUGAGUCCCAUAAUUACCCCCUUCAUCCUCAUCUUCCCCCUGCGGAGCAAGUCUUUAGAAAUCAUCGACUUCUUCCGCAACUUCACCGUAGACGUGGCAGGGGUGGGAGACAUUUGCUCGUUCGCUCAGAUGGACAUCAGGCGCCAUGGAAAUCCGCAGUGGAUGUCCGAAGGCCAGACGGAGGCCUCGGUGUACCAGCAGGCUGAGAACGGCAAGACGGAGCUGUCUCUGAUGCAUUUCACCAUCAAGAACCCUCACUGGCAGCCGCCGCAGGAGAGCUCCGUCUUCAUCAGCCACCUGAAGGAGAAGGUGCACCAGGACGCUCAGACAGGACCAUCUCCUCAGCUGCUGCUGUCCGAGGCUCCUCUCUGCACCUCGCUGCUGUCCAAUGAGUCUGCCACAGGCCCUGAUAACCUGCUGGCCAGUGUGCUGGCUCACCCCAUCCUGACCGCCUCGGGACUGCCUGCGAGGAACCGCCGCUUCGUCCCGCCGAGCAGCGCCGCAUCAGCUGCUGCUAGUGUCCUGGCAUCCCUUUCUUCAUCUCAGCAGCUUCACGCCGGCCGCUCUCGCUCGCACACUCUCCUGCCGUCCAGACAGAGCCACGAAGACAUCAUGUACUGCAGCGAACACACUGUGGCCGACAGCAUGUCUGCAAGUGACUCCCGGAUACUCAGCCAGUCUUAUUCGGCCCUGGCCUCAGAGUUCGCGUCGGCUGAGAUGAGCCUGCACGCUAUAUACAUGCACGAGGUGCAUCAGCAAAAGACCCAGCAUGCCUCUGGACCGUUUCAGGCCUCUGUGCCAAUGAGGGACUUGAGCGCCAACAGUGCUCAAAGUCCUCAGGCGCAGUCUCCACAGACAGUCACCUUGGUGCCGCCCGCUUCAGGCCGCUUGGGCGGGUGGGCCGAAGAGGAAGAGGAGCAGCAGGCGGACGAGGAAGAGAUAAACACCGCCCUUGUGCCGGAUCAGACCAGCAGAGGGAGCAGCUGAAGUGCCUUCAACCUGUACAUUUUCGUUCAUUUCCGGGCGUUGUGGCCUUACUUUGGUUUGACACCUUUUGAUCAAGCAUGUUGGGACGCCACACCGAGCUCGAGGAGCCCGCCGGAGCCGUCGGGUUUUCUGGACGCCCCGUCUUCCAGUUCAGAGGAACUGUGAUGUAACGGACCGUCACUUCCCCUCCCUCGUCACGUCAGUUACUUUUGCAUUUUAGACUGCUGUGUGUUUGUGUUGGAGUGUGUGUUUUGUUUCGUUCACGACGCAACAGGGUGACACUUGUUUUACAGUAUUUAUUUCCAUUUCAUUUUCUUUCAUGCUACGUUCGUUUCGUUUGGGUUAGAGCAAGCGACUUUCUCCUCGUCUCCGAUUCAAAGGCGAGUCGGGUAUUUCCUUUGGAAGCGCCGCCUCGGUUUUGAGGGAUGAAAGCAUCCUUUUAUCGUAGUAUUGCUAGUUUCAUUUUUGCAUUACAGCAUCGGCGGACAGAAAAUAUCACUGAAUGUAAAAUCAUACCAGUUGCCUCAUGAGAAAAAAAAAUUAUUAUUUGUCACAAAUUUAUUACUUUUUUUUUUUUCCUGAAAGAAAAUAUAAUAUAUAGACUUGAGGAUAAUUUUCACCUAAUGUAAAAUUGUAUUUAAAUUAAAAGUAAUUCGCAUUUGAAUCGGUUUUGACAACCUCUUAGCCUGAGAUUAAAAAAAGUUCAAUUUAAACAAGGAAAAAAUUUUUUUUAGCAAUAAUACUUAUCACGCUUUUACCAAAAAGUGUUCGAUGUUAAAAGAGAACGCGCAAAAUAAAUGAAGUCUUAUUCUCUAAAACAUAGGUAUGUUGUGAGCCUUUCAUCUACAGCAACAAAUAUGAUAGUUUUAAUCAUAUUAAAACAUCUUAGAUGACCAUAUGACUGCAUUAAAGGAUUUAUUUAAAUGAUACUAAAGCUUUAAGAAUGAUUAUAAAACUGAACAGUUAAUGUGGAAAAACAGAUUAAAUUAUUACAAAUUAAAGCAUUUUUUUAAAGCCAGACAUUAGACCCAAUUCAGCCAUUGAAAUCUUAUUUCUAGACUACUUGUUGAGCUUGUAAAGAGCAGAUCAGCACAUUAUUUAACCACUUAAAAAGUUCAAACGAAACACUAUUCGAGCUUAAAGUUAGCUUGAAAGUGCAAGUGAUGUGUUUUGGAGGAUUUUUACCCUGCACCCAACCGCUGACGCUCUCUUCCUGCGUGUUUAAUGGAAUAUUACACAUCUGACAGAUGAUCUUUCGAGCCCAAUCCCAGAAUCCAUCAGUUUAAGCAGUUAACGUGGUGUGUGUGUGUGUGUGUCGACCCGAAUACGAAGGGUGUGAUUUUUAUGCGUGUCGCCUGCGUUAAGAAUUCAGUCAGGUUUCAGACUAGACCCUGCCGUGAUCCAGAACAAAACAGUUGUAACUACAAGCGCAGGAAACUUUGGUCUCUGUAAAAUAUCACAAUCACGAGAGCCUAAGGGCUUUUGACAGUUUACACAUGGCGCUCUGGUCGGAGAUAUACCCACGAUUCACGUGAAACACUGAACUUCCUGUGGCCGGAGCGUGUCAGAAAUCAUCUACUUGAAAUACUGCAGUCAGAGUUGUUAGAUAACGGCGUCCACAUCGCACCCACCGAAAUACCUCCGGAUGUACCUUAAGACCGCGCGUGUACAGUAUUUAUUCGUGUGGGACGUUAGCGAACGGGAUGUAGUUGCUGUUUGCAGUGUUACGGGAUUGGAGGGUUUUUCCACACAAGACUGAACUGCAGAAGUAAAACACAUCGUUUUAUGACUCUCUUAUCUUAAUGUUCUGUUUAAACAGUCUGGGGUCGGACUGUGCCAGGUGCUACAUAUAUAUAUAUAUAAAUAUAUAUGUAUAUGUAUAUUUAAUUUGUUUCGAUAUUUAUCUCUUUUUGUUGGAUUUUGACUUUUUUUUGGUCUGAUGAAAAUAACACUAUCAAAAAAUAAACCAUAGCAAAACCGGGA